ACGGCGGCGCGGCGGAGCAGCGGCUCCAAAACAAAGGGCAGGCGGCCCGCGGGCGGCGGCGGGAAUGCCUCGCGCGCGGCCGGGGCGCCAACGGCCGCAGCGCGUCCCGGGCCGCGCCGGGGCCGCCGGAGAGCCGCGCCCGCGCUGAGCGAGGCCGGGCCGAUGGGCGCUGCGGGCCGGGGCGCGGAGCGGUGGGCGGCCGUGGUGGCGUUUCUCUCACCCCAGCGGUGUGGACGGAGCCACACACCCUCCGAACAACAACGGCUCUGGCGUGCGUGUCCCAGUGUUUGUUCUGCUGGAGAGCCCAGCAGAGCUGCAGCUCCUCCCGCGCCGGCCCUGAGCUGAGCCAGGAGUGCCCCGCGAUGGUGAAGAUGACCAAGUCCAAAACUUUCCAAGCGUAUCUGCCCAACUGCCACCGAACCUACAGCUGUGUCCACUGCAGGGCCCACCUGGCCAAUCACGACGAGCUGAUCUCCAAGUCCUUUCAGGGAAGUCAGGGACGAGCCUACCUCUUCAACUCAGUGGUGAACGUGGGCUGCGGCCCCGCAGAGGAGCGCGUCCUGCUCACCGGCCUGCAUGCCGUGGCCGACAUCUACUGCGAGAACUGCAAGACCACGCUUGGGUGGAAAUACGAGCACGCCUUUGAAAGCAGUCAGAAGUAUAAAGAAGGAAAAUUUAUCAUCGAGCUCGCUCACAUGAUCAAAGACAAUGGCUGGGAGUAAAGUGGACUUCCUGUUCCCCCUUGAAUGUGACUGAGACGGUCGUCAAGGAGCUGAGGCGCGUCCGAGGGCAGGUGACCCCCCCGGCCAGCCCCCUGGGUGAGGCAGCCCCCGCAAGCUGUGUCCUCUUCAUGCACAUGGUUGUUUCUGAAAUGUUCCAAUGACCUGUUUCUAAUUUCUCAAGAUCCAGAGAAAGACAACCGACUGAUGACUUGUCCAUCUAGUCCAUACAUUUUGUAAUCAAUGCUUUUGAGGUAGAGUUUGGCUGUGUUCUGUUGUUUUGAUGGAACCAGACUGAGUCCCCAUGGACCCCAAGGCGGCCUCUCUGGAGAGCCAGCCCUGCUCGUCUGGAGUGAAGGGAGGGGACCACUUCUCACUGACUCUCGGACCCGCCGCGUGGUGGUUCUGCGUGCAGGCCGCCCAGGGCAGUGCUCUGCCAGGAACCUCCCUGACGGCCGUGCGUCUCUGCACCCAGGGUGCUUUUUAGCCUUGUUCAAAAGCAAAGGGCACCACUGGAUAACACUUUAGAUGACCUAGAAAUAGAGAAACGUGUCUGAUGGAGCACCCUGUUUGUUUAAGUCAGUAGCUUCCUUAUCUAGAAGGCGAGUGAGCGAGUGGUCAGCAGACAUGACCCCGGGCCCAUGCACAGGCCCUGAGUGGCUGGCCCGCAGAGUUCAAGCUGAUCACACUGGGCCGAAGGAAAGCAGACUUCCUUUUCUACUGUGAUGUACUUGCAGAAAAAGAAUUAUUUUUCCUAUAUUUGAAAGAGGCCAGAACAGGAUAAACUUCCAAAUUAAGAUCUGCCACUGUUUUCACGUUUUCCACAGAAAGUUCCAGUUGCAAGACAGGUGUAAACUCGUUGCUCGGGGGCCCCAGCCCGCCCUGGUUCUGCUCGAGUUCCCACGCGUUGGGCCUUUGCAGGGCUGGGCUGCGUGUAGCUUCUGGCCAGUCUGCAGAGUGGAGGCCAAAGGCCCUCUGGCCAGUGAGCCCAGCCUGAGACGCCCGGGAUCCCGGCCCCACCAUCUCAUGGCCACAAACUGGAGACUGGGGGGCUCUCCCCUGAGCCUGGAGCCCCGGCUGCUGCUCCAGGCUCAGGGGAGCUUCCUGUGGGCACCCUCUGACCCACAGCCUGGACCAUGGGGAGCCCUAGGCUCCCCCACCCAGGGUGCUGGGUCGUCCACAAGGGUGCCCAGCAGGCCGCCUCCUGGCAGAGCCCCGGGGCCUGGUGCUUGGAGCCCCUUGGGAAGGUCCAGCGGGCACCCACCCUGAGGGCUGAGUCCGAAUCCCUGAGAGCCAGCCUGAGCCGGCAGCCGGGCGCUCCUCCAGCAGAUGCUUCUGGACGCCGAGGAGCCACCUGCAGUUCCCGUGUCCACUGCACUCACAUGUGGAGCGUGUGUUCUGGGCUGUCUCUGGGGGUGCGGCAGCCUUCCUCCCCAUGGCGCGGGAUGGCUUCGAAGCUGAUACCAGCCAAGGCUCUCAGCCACUUUCCUUGUGGGUCUUCUGCAAAACCCAAGCUCCUUUUGAAACCAAACGAACUGACCGUGAGCAGCUUCAAGGACCAACGCUCCUGAGGCCACAGCCAGACGUGCGGGUCAAGUGCUGGGACGCUCCCCUUUAAGUUCCUACAUGGCUAUCACCCCACGACUUUUAUUUAAAUUAUUUAAGAUAUUUUUUCCUUGGGAAGAGUGGGAGGUGACGCCAGGAUUAUAAAUGCGUUUAAGUCCACUACGUAGUGUUCUCUGCACGUUUCCUUUAGAAAUGGGGUUUAGCUCUGGCUGUUUUUUAAGUAUAUAUAUAUAUAUAUAUAUAUAUAGUAUUUUUAUACCUUAACGCUUACUCUUGAUGGCAUCUGUCAGCUAUAAGGAGGGAUCAGAAAUGGGAAUUGUUUCAAAAGUCCUUUACCUGAUGCCCUCACCAGGGACUUACACAAUCUGAAUGUUUUUUGACAUCUAGAGAAGUACAAUUUCAGCUCCAAAAUGACUUAGAGACGUAAACCAUCCCUCAUCAGAGGCCCUGGGCAGGCCUGUCCCCUCUGUGGAGCUGUGGGUCUGCAGCCUGGGGUGGCUGGCCUUCCGUCAGGGCAGGUGGGCCCGGCUGCUGGACAGAUGGACAGAAGGCCAGGCCAGCCCAAAGGCACGCUCCCCAAGCAGGACUGCCCAUGUCUGGCCCUCCAUGCUCUGUCUGCGUGAGCUUCCAAAAUAAAGCUUCCAAUGUU